UAAUUUUGAAGAUAAAAUUGAUUUUCAGUCUUGCAGAGGGGAAAUAACUGAAGUCUUCAGCAGAACAACCCUAAAAAAUUUCACUUGUCUGGGUGGCAUUAUUCCCAUCUACUAAUAAAGACAGUGCAGCUUCAGAAGCUUGGCAGUCACAUGAAAAGGCUUGAGUAUAUUGGACAGUGAAUAUCCAAGAUACAGACAGUUGAAAAUAUAGAGCUAUUUAAAGACCAGAAACCUAUUUUGUUGUGAGGACAACAUUAAAAACUUGGACAAUGUUUCUGCAUAGUCUCAGAUACCAGUGCCAUCCUUUGGUUUGGAAGUCAAUGGAAUUGUGAAUUCUGCACUCAGUGUCUUAAAUUAAUGAAUGCUUAAAUAUCUUCGGAUGAAUAUUUGAACAACACUUACUCUGCUUCAGUCUUGCUUCAGAAUGUCCGUCUGUGCUUCUUCUCAUAAGGAGUUUUCUCAGUUACUGCCAAUUCAGGAUAUUGGACGUAGUAAAACAGAAAUUAAAAGCUCACCUCCUGGCAUCAGCUCUCCUGUUUAUAGCUGCAGUCAGUCUGCUCUGACAAUGGAACAGAGCCCAGUUUAUAUUCCUUCAUCUUAUGUGGAAAACAGUCAUGAAUAUUCUGCAAUGGCAUUCUAUAGUCCUGCCAUGAUGAAUUACAACAUUCCUAGCAAUUUCAGUGAUUCAGAAAGUGCAUCUGUAAGGCAGACAUCAAGCCCAAAUGUUUUAUGGUCUGCUCCUGGCCAUAUUUCACCUUUGACAUUACAUUGCCAGUCAUCACUUUUAUAUGCAGAGCAAUCAAAGAGCCCGUGGUGUGAUGCAAGACCAGUGGAUGAUGCACUGCCUAUGAACAGAGAGACAUUAAAAAGAAAAUCUAAUGGCAGUGAUUGUACAAGUCCUGGUUCAAAAAGAGAUGCACGCUUCUGUGCAGUCUGCAGUGAUUAUGCUUCAGGAUAUCACUAUGGCGUUUGGUCUUGUGAAGGAUGUAAAGCGUUCUUUAAAAGAAGUAUCCAAGGACACAAUGAUUACAUAUGUCCAGCUACCAAUCAAUGCACAAUAGAUAAAAAUAGGCGUAAAAGCUGUCAGGCAUGUAGACUACGGAAAUGCUGUGAAGUAGGAAUGAUGAAAUGUGGUUCAAGAAGAGAACGUUGUGGGUAUCGUAUCAUACGCCGUCAUCGUAAUUCAGAAGAUCAAGUGCAUUGCACUGGCAAAGCUAAAAUGAAUAGUGAAAAUACAACCCGAGUGAAAGAAAUCCUCCUUAAUGCACUCAGUCCUGAGCAGUUCAUUUUAACAUUACUUGAAGCCGAACCUCCUAAUGUGUUGCUGGUGAGUCGCCCCAACAAGCCAUUUACAGAAGUCUCCAUGAUGAUGUCAUUGACAAAGCUUGCAGACAAAGAAUUGGUUCACAUGAUUGGUUGGGCCAAGAAAAUUCCUGGCUUCAUAGAGCUCAGUCUGUAUGACCAAGUAAGGCUCUUGGAGAGUUGUUGGAUGGAAGUUUUAAUGGUGGGUCUGAUGUGGAGGUCGAUUGAUUAUCCUGGCAAACUAAGUUUUGCACCAGAUCUUGUAUUAGAGAGGGAUGAGGGGAAAUGUGUAGAAGGAAUUCUGGAAAUCUUUGACAUGCUCCUGGCCACAACAUCAAGAUUUCGAGAGCUGAAAUUACAGCACAAGGAGUAUCUGUGUGUCAAGGCUAUGAUUCUUCUCAAUUCCAGUAUGUUUCCAUUAUCAGCUGCUGCGGAAGAACCUGAAAGCAACAGGAAGCUACAUCACUUGCUUAAUGCAGUAACUGAUGCUUUGGUGUGGGUUAUUGCAAAGAGUGGAAUCCCAUCUCAGCAACAGACAACUCGUUUGGCUAACUUGUUGAUGUUACUUUCUCAUGUCAGGCAUGCAAGUAACAAAGGUAUGGAGCACCUUCUGAGCAUGAAGUGUAAAAAUGUGGUCCCAGUCUAUGACUUGUUGCUGGAAAUGUUGAAUGCACACACACUUCGAGGCCAAAGAAAGUCUGCAGUCACAGAUUCUGAAUUUGGCCCAUCAGAACAAACUGAUACUAGAGAUGAUGCGUGGAAUAUGUCAGCACAGUAACUUUAUAAUUACCUGGAAGAUCAGGUUUGUAGGAAACUGAAGCAAAACAACAUUAUUUAGAGCUGUCGAAAACUUGAUAUGUCUCAUGAAUCUUAGACAACCUUUUUGUGGCCCUAUUCUAAUCUUUCUGAUUUGCAUGUUUAUCUUGGAUAAGGCUGUAUGUAUAUCACCUCCUGUAUUGUGUGAAGCACAUCUUGUCCAUGUUUCUGACAUACUUUGCACUUACACUAAUGCUUUCUGAGACUUAUGAACACAAUACCCUGUGAGAUUGGAAAUUAUUAUUACCCCUUUUUAAAAAAAGGGUAAACUGAGGUAGAGAGAAGCUAGGUGACUAGCUUAAGAACCCACAGUAAGUCAGUGGAGAGCUGGGAAUAGUAUCCUGACUCCCAGUUCUUGCUUUAACCACUGGACUAUGUUUUCUUUCAAUAUAUCAACAUAUGAAAUGUACAGCUGUUACAUCACAUGGGAGGGAUUUUUUUUAUGUGUAUAGGAUGAUGAUCACUGGGGAAAUGCCUACAUUUCAGUUAACGUGGUUAAAGUGCCAAGACGCAUGUAAAAUUUAAAUGUUUAUUCCUUGUAUGAUUAUGCAAUGGAUGCAGAUGGAACACAGAAAUACUUCCUCGGGCUUCAUUUGAGCCACUCAGAAUUGGUUCUGGGACCACUUUAAAGACCAGCUCCAUAAACAUAAAAACAGGUUUCUUUAUUUUGUGAGCCUACUCUUUAGUAUUUGAACUGUUUCUUUGUAUAAGGUACUCAUCUGCUUAAAGGUUGACUUGACUGCUUAGUCAUUUUCUCAAAUUUUUAAAAAUUUAUUGUCGUCACUGAAAUUAAUGUGCUGUUGUUUUGUAUAUUUAUAAUGACUUAAUGUGUAGGUAUGAAGGAUCAAGAAAUUAAUGUUUAUUAUGUGCAUUAGUAAAAAUAAUGUGAAACAGUCCACUGAACUAUUUUUUUAAAUGGUUUCCUAGGCAAUUUCAUAAUCUUUCCGUCACUUCCAUCUUGAGUACAGAAGUGUCCAGCUGUAUUGUCAGGUUCAAGGGGUUCUGGAAAUGCAGUGUACAUAACUGUAGAGAGUGGUAGCAUAAAUAGAGAUGAGGCUCAGCUGGGAUCUGCUUUUACUUACAUGACUCAGUUUUGCUCUCUUCUUUUCAAGAGGAAGUUACAUGCAACUUGCUUUGCUAGGGAAGCUCUACCCUAAGUUAUGCUUUUUCAACCCUCCUAAAAGAACCCUAAAUGAGAGAGGGGAAACAUGCCUCUGGGAUAAAUUCAUGGAGGAUAGGUCCAUCAGUGGCUAUUAGCCAGGAUGAGCAGGGACGGUGUCCCUAGCCUCUGUUUGCCAGAAGCUGGGAAUGGGUGACCGGACGGAUCACUUAUGAAGUGCACUGCUUCAUGUGUGGCAAUUCGUUAUUGGCAUGUCACUAAAUAUAUAGUCACAUAAAAUGUCUGUCUUGUUGAUUUCUGCAGCUGUCUAAGGUGCAUUGAGUCUGAAAGGACAUAUAAUAUGGCCCCCAGCCUCAUUUGGAAAAUAAGAAAAUAUUUUUUCUGUCAUUUGAUUAUGUAAAUUCUGUUUCAUGCUGGAAUUAAAUUCAUUAGCCUUUGAUGAUAACACUGGAAAUUAAGGACUUGACUAGAUACCAGAGUGUUCAGUUGUAUAUUAUUGUCAUUUUAGGUAUGUGAUAAAACUAAAUUAGAGAUUAAUUUGAUGCCCAUCUAAGUCAGUGGGGAGCUUUUCCUGUGAUUUCUAUGGGAUUUGGAUCAGGCCCUUAUGGCGGAUCCACCAUACACCAUAUUUUUUAAGCACAAAGUCACCCUCUGUGCAUACUCCCCAGAAUUCUACUGAAGGUGCACUCAUCUUUCCACUUCAAUGAGCCUAUCCAUCUCCCUACCUUUUUCCAUAACCACAUGCAAAUUCCUUUGAAUCUACAAUGCACACUUUAGAUGUGUGCAGAGCUUUGUCCUUCUACUUGGAUAGGACUAAAACUUUUAGGCGUUCCGACAAGCUAUUCGUCCCCAUUGCAGAAUGCUCUAAAGGCUCAUCUGUCUUUAACCACAGACUUUCCAACUGGAUCUUGAGUUGCAUUUGUCUCCGUUAUCGGCUACAGAAUGCGACUCCCCCUACUUUUAUCAGGACUCACUCCACCAGAUCCAUGGCAGCCUCAGUGGCCUUUCUACGUAAUGUCCCCCUUAAGGACAUUUCCAGUGCUGCCAUUUGGGCUUCUGAAAAUAUGUUUGCAAAACAUUAUGCUCUUACACAGGGACCCAUCACUGAUACGCAUGUGGGCAAAGCUGUUCUAUCAACUGCAUUCUUUUCAGAUCCGAAUUCCCUACCUCCUUGAGAGAUGCUGCUUUUCAGUCACCUACAGUGGAGCACCCACAGGGACACCUCUCGAAGAAGAAGAAGAGGUGGUUACUCACCUGUGCAGUAACUGACGUUCUUCGAGAUGAGUGUCUCUGUGGGUGCUCCAAAUCCCACCCUCCUCCCCUCUACUUUGGAGCUGGGGCGGCCUCCGUUGUAGAGGAGGAGUUUGGCCACACAUGCGGACUAUUAAGACAAGACUGGUAUGUGAGGCAGGCUCCGCGCAUGCGCGGCUGAUAUGGGUACUGCUGUAAAAAUCUCCGAACAAUGGCAGAGGGGCGCACCGACACCUACAGUGGGGCACCCCCAGGGACACUCAUCUCGAAGAAUGUCAGUUACUGCACAGGUGGGUAACCUCCUCAUAUACUGUCUAUAUAAGACCACAAUUCAUCUGAGAUAACUGAUAAUAAAUGAUAGCGUUGUUGUAUAUUAAAGAUGAAUUACCAUUAUGUUUUAGAUAAUUUUAAUGUAUGUAUAUUUGAGUAAUACAAAAUAGCUGUUAGAUAUACUGACAAAUCU